UAUUGUGAAAAGACUUCAGGAAGCAACAAAAAAAUACUAUCAAGAAUAUACUUCUUAUAAAGCACGUAAACUAUGUUAUGUAGGAAACUCAAGUCGUACCAAAAGAAGAAAGAAUCAGCAACAGCGUGAAGCAGCAAAGGGAACCCCAACGUUACACACUUUCUGGGAUGCUGAGAAAUCCACCACAGAGAUUAAUGUAGAAGUAGAUCAUAAUACUGACGAACAAACAGAUGAUGAGAUCGAAGGUUAUAAUUGGCAUGAUAAAAUCCCGGCCACUCUCGAAAAUCUGGAAUUAGAUAUCAAAAAAGAAAAUGUAAAUAGUGAGGUUUGG